CACCAGUCCACCUGUCCAGUCCACCGGCCGCGCCUCAGCUUUCUUCAGUCCAGAGGGGGAAAAAAACAGAGAUUUUAUCUCUGUCCACCGCACUCGAGACCCGUGCAUUGCGACACUUAGCAAAGACGCGCGCGAGUCAUUGCCUAACUCCAACCCUUCGAGAAGCCUUCCUUUUUGCCGGAGCUGUUUCCGCGACUACAUUAAUUGUCUGUUUGUUUUUGUUCGGGUUUCCCCAUUGCCCGUGCAUUUUUGUUGUUGUUGCUCUGGAAGCCACUCACUGCAAAGGAAGGAAGGAAGGAAGGAAGGAAGCAGCAGCAGCAACAGCAACGGCAGCAACAGCAUCAGCACUCAGCAGCAAAACAAAGAAAAAGAAAGAGCAGGAAGACUAAGGACUGGACGGAAAAAAAGCAGACGAACGAAACGAGGAAAAAAAGAACCUAACGAACCACCGUUCAUCAAAGUCCCGUCCAGUGCUCUUACCUACCUAGAGGUACCUACCCGACACUACCUACCGCCCGGCCCAAAGCAAGCACGCACGGCACACACCCGACCGCCGACGCCAGCACUGAAGACCUGACGCAUCGAAAAGCCCCCCCCCCCCCCCAGCAGCACUACUCUGAGGCGCCCCAAAACCCAAAAAGCAGCCAGCCGGCACCCAAACCCAGAAAACACACGCCAACCUAACUUCUCCAACCGACCGACCAUCCCAACUUACCUUACCAUCCCAUCCCAUCCCAUCCUCCCGGCACCCUCCUCCACACAAACCUCGUGCGACGGGCCGAUUCAACCCCAGACUGCAUGCGAUUGACUCUGGAGAGUCUCCACGAUCCCGCUUAGCUGCCCCAGAUCAUCUACAACCUUAUUGUUUCUUUUUCUCAAAUAGGGCCGCAUAUGUCGGCGCUGGCUUGAAGCAUAGCACAAUUUCGCAUCCAGUCUAGCUAGCUUGGCUUGUCUGUGUCUGUCUGUCUACCUACCUACCUAGCCAAAAGCGACCUUGUUCUUCCCUUGUCCACGGCCGGCCCACGCUGCAACCAACUGCACCUCAUACCGAACGACGGACCGAUCCAAACGAGGAACCGCGAUAACAUCAUACAUACCCACAUCGAUACCUACUACAUACAUACAUACAUACCUGACCCUUCCGUCCAAACAAACAGCACCACUCGCAUCUCGUCCCAUCUUUACGCCAUACAAGGGGUCCACCGGUGCCACCAAGGGCCGCUGCCACGGACACCGCACGACCGCUACCUACUAAAAAAAAGUCCGUCCGCGUACCUUGCCUUGCACCGACCAGUAACACGACGGACGACAACAGGGUGGGCUUCAAAUACAUCGCCAUGUCCACCGCCGUCAAACGCGCGUGCGAUGCCUGUCAUCGUCGCAAGGUCAAGUGUGAUGGCAUCAAUCCGUGUCGAAAUUGCCACGCCUCGCAGUUGACCUGCACCUACAAUGCCAUCCCCCAGAAGAAGGGCCCCAAGGGCUCGCGCGCAAAGGUCAUCAGCGAACUGCGCGAAACACAGCGACAAACAAGUCUCUCCGCCAAGGUCCAGAACCGCCUGAAUGGCAUCAACAGCCCGCCUGCGAGCCCGAACCUGGCCCCGACUCCCGGCCUCCUCACGAGCGACAUGGUCAAGGAAUGCAUCGAUUUCUUCUUCACCAACAUGUACACAUCGAUGCCCAUCCUAAAUCGCCAGCGACUCGAGCAGCAAGCCCUCUACGUCGACCAGAGUGUCGACACAUACUGUGUGCUUACGGCCCUAUGCGCCUUCAUGUUCCUGCAGCCCGGCAUGCCCAUGCCCGGUGGCGAUCCCUACAGCUUCGAGAACAUGCCUGGAGCCAACAUUGUUUCGAGCACGCUACUGCUGGAGGAGACGCUUCGUGUCCGCAAGGCUUUCGAAUAUUCCGACAACCCGAGCCUCAACACGUUGGUCACCAGCUACUUCCUCUUUGCGUGUUUCCACGGCCUCGACAUGCACGAAAAGGCCUGGUUCCAUCUGCGCGAGGUCACCACAAUGGCGCACAUUGCUGGGAUGAACAAGGAGGACACGUACUCGCAAACGCAGUACGACAUUAUCGAGUCGUCUCGUCGCAGACGGUUGUACUGGCUUCUUUUUGCCACGGAGAGAGCCUAUGCCCUCCAGCGACGUCGGCCCUUGACCCUUGAGGCGACCAUCAACCCUCCUACCAUCAACGAUGACAACACCGAACUGCUGCCCCAUCAGCUCAACGGUUUCUUCCAAAAGGUUAACCUGUUCCGGGCCUUUGACAACACCCUUCUCCCUCUUUGGAACAAGACAAGAGACGAGUGCGCCAGCUACUUCAGCGGGUUACAAAAGAGCUUCGAUGACAUUCUCCCAGGAUAUCUCCGUGACGAGGACAACCAGCUCAACGAGAUGCAGAUGAACCAGCAGUGGCUCAAGAACACGUCAUGGCAGUUGACGGUGGCGAGCGGAAACAGCACAGAGGCCGGUCUUCCUUACCCAUAUCCGGUUGAUAUCGCCAACGACUUGCUUCCCAUGGUUGCCAAUUUCCCCGGCAACCUCGGUCUUCCUGGCUUGACCUUGAUCGAGAAGCUUCUCGGCAUCACCUGCACUCUUACCGACGUGCUUUCCAACCAGCCAUCGAGGCGGAUCCCCUUCAAGGUGGGCCCGCGUGAGCAGCUUCACCAGGUCCUGAACGUUCUUUCGGUGCUUCGCUCUGGUGAUCACCGAUUCCUGCCGCUUCUUCUCGGCAAGGUCCACGACUUCAUCCCUACGCUGGCGAACCCGAUGCUCCAGUUUGCACCCGAGCAGCCCAACCUUGGCCUGCCUCCUUGCAACAUUGACAUCUUUGAUGGAUUUGGCAACGCUGGCAUGGGUCAGCCUGCAUGCUUUGAUUACGACGACAACAAGUUCAGUCUUCCUCGCAUGGACGAGUUGAGCAAUGACUCUGGAAGCCCUCACGGAGGACAUUCCAACAACGACAUGAGCUCUCCAUAUGGCAACUCCCCUUCCAUCAUGUCUCCAACCGGUCAGAUGGACAUGCACCAUGGCCUCCCUGCCGAGUUCACCACAUUACCCGAGAUGGUGAUGAGCCCAACAAGCCACGCGCCACCGACAACACUAGGUGCGCCCAGUAGCAUGACCGGUCAGCAGUCGCAUCACGGUCACCACCCAUCAAUACCCGCCUUUGCCAAUAUUAACCAGAUGCAAGGGAUAAACACGGGGAACAUCACUUCGGCUCCAAACCUAUCAAUGCCACAACCAAUACGCAUGGGCCAGGGGAUUAAUUCUGGGAUCAAUAAUGGCAUGGAAAGCGGUAUCGGCCUGGAUCACCAAGCCAUGAACAUGAGCAGGCCACCACCUUCCCAAAGAGCAUCUCUCUCUAUGGGGCCAGGACCUGGGCAACCAGGAGGGCCACAGCAAAUACGGACCGUGGGAGACUUCCAAGCACUGCAGCGAGCGAACACGGAAAUGCCCAUGGGUGGGGCGAUGGAUUCUCUGAGGAUAAACACCCACUCAAUCGGCGGGAACCCAAUGGAUUACAACUCAUUACAGCAGCAGCAGCAGCAGCAGCUUGGGCAGGUCCAGCAUAGGUAGCAACGCUAGAACUGGGGAAGCCGGGGAGGCUUGAAUUUUCUUCGUAUCUACUCUGCUUUACUGUCUAAUCAUUGCGAAUCAAGCAACGCUUGACUGUUUUCGGGUCUUUUCUCUCUUUUGUUGUUGUUUUCACUUGACUACACAUAUACACGCACGCACGGCGCUCGGGAAACAUGGCUACACAUUGCUAGUCAUUCAAGCCUAGAGCUGCUUGUUUUCUAUGUCAUUGACUACUUAAGGCGUUCAAAAAGGGUGUUUGGAUCAUUUGGCUUCUUGCACAAGGAAUUGUUUUUAAGCAACGGUGGAUUGUAUGCUGAAAGGGUUUUCCCUGGUGGUAAUGGUGGGGGGAGGGGGAGGCUUUUUGACAUUUUUUCAACAUUUGGCUUUCCGAGGUGUAAAAAAGGCGAAAUAAGUGGGAAGCGAACAAAAGCCCAAAUACGUGUAGACAUUGGAUUUAUGGGUUUUUUGAAUGGUUGUACGGGUAUUUGGAUGUAUGAAGUAUUUGAUAGCUGGAAAAGGGAAAGGUAUUGUUUUUUUAUGCUUACUUGGUGUAUUUGCUCGUUUACAUUUGGAUUUUUACACUGUUCUAUAGGAAUUGGUUGGAUAAAAUUGGAUCACCUCUCUACGUCUUGCAAUUGAUACCUCCCGAUCAAAGAAGAGCAACUACACUAAGCGGCCGUUAGAUAAUAUAGUAACCUGGACC